CAGGUACUGCAUUCCUGAAUCUUAGCACUUUGAUAUUUCAUUCAUUUAACAUACGGACGCACUGGCUAUUCUUCCCGUGACGCAGUUCGGCGAACUGCAUUCAGUGUUGUACACUAGGAGCAGCGCACUGCAAUGCAGCAACAGAUAGAACAGGAGUAUCGGCGUUUGAGCUCCUGAUAUUUGAUAUAAAACACGUGCGGUGCAUCGCUGGGUUUCAGAGGAGCGACAGCACCUUCCCUGGAUGCUGAAUAUAGAGGGACCUGCGUGCUGGCCUGUUUGAAUGGGAUAAGCCGCGAUGUCCGACACUGAGCAGCAGUUCAUGGAGACCUCGGAAAACGGCAACGAGGGCGACGACCUGAACGGGGCCGAGGCUGCCGAGCAGCCGGACUAUCAGGAGGAAGCGGCGGUGGAGGAUGAGGAGGAGGAGGAGGAGGAGGAAGGCGACUCGCAGCAUGAUGCCGAGGACGGCGGGCGGAUCAACGCCAGCAAGGGCGAGGAGGAUGCGGGCAAAAUGUUUGUUGGCGGACUUAGUUGGGACACGAGCAAGAAAGACCUCAAAGAUUAUUUCUCCAAGUUCGGGGAGGUGACUGACUGCACAAUCAAGAUGGACCCUAACUCAGGACGGUCGCGAGGAUUCGGUUUCAUCCUGUUCAAAGACGCCACAAGUGUGGAAAAGGUGCUUGAGCAGAAAGAGCACAGACUAGAUGGGCGACAGAUUGACCCAAAGAAAGCGAUGGCGAUGAAAAAGGAGCCAGUUAAAAAAAUAUUUGUUGGUGGUCUCAAUCCAGAGACGACGGAGGAGAAGAUCCGGGAAUACUUCGGGACCUUCGGAGAGAUUGAAACCAUAGAGCUUCCAGUGGAUCCAAAGACGAACAAAAGGAGGGGAUUCGUCUUCAUCACGUUCAAGGAAGAGGAGUCUGUGAAGAAAGUGCUGGAAAAGAAAUAUCACAACGUUAGCGGAAGCAAGUGUGAGAUUAAAAUCGCUCAGCCCAAGGAGGUGUACCAGCAGCAGCAGUUCGGCGGCCGUGGCUACGGACGUGGCAGGGGGCGAGGUCAGGGCCAGAACUGGAACCAGGGCUACAACAGCUACUGGAAUCAAGGUUAUGGCGGUCAGGGGUACGGGUAUGGUGGCCAGCAGGGAUAUGGGGGAUACGGCACUUACGGCAACUACGACUACUCAUCUGGUUACUACGGCUACGGAGGGGGAUAUGAUUAUAACCAGGGCAAUACAAGCUACGGAAAAUCUCCGAGGCGUGGAGGCCACCAGGGUAGCUACAAGCCGUACUGAUCGCGCGCGGCAUAGGAAUGAAGUGAGUCAAAGCAAGACCCUUUGCAGCGACGGCAGCAGCAACCGUGAGGCCUAACUCGCCAUGGGAGUCUGCAGAAUUAGACUCGUGCUCCGUUUUGUACAGUCGAGGAACUGGGGAGACAAACGUCACUUUUCCUUUGUUUUAUAUAUAUAUAUUUUUGUUUUUUUUUUCCGUCAUGCACAUUUCCAGAGAUGGAGGUGUUAUUUUUACUGUACUUUUUGGUACCUUUUUUGAAUCUAAUGUAUUCUAUGGUUGUAUUUUACAUGUAUCCUGGAUAAUCUGCGAGAGAUGAAAUCGAGACGCCAGAACUUUUGAAAUAAACAAUUUGGCUUUUUUUUUUUUUUUUCGCCCCCCCCCCCCCCCAUGUUUCUAGAUUAUUUUCUUUCCAUGCGUCUUUCUGGCUUGUCUGGGGCAUUGAGGCAAGAUUCCGAGAACAAAUGAAUUGAAUUAAAUUUAAUCGUAAUCUUCUCUUCUAGUUAUUUUGUGAGUGUUUGACAUGUAGAUAAGGGCAACCCAGCAUUUUGUUUGUUUUAUAAAGUUUAUCUGCAUUUUUAAGUGGCUUUUGAUAGCGUAAUUACACCCAUAACAUGCACACCUGCUAAUGUAUAGUAAUUUCUCCUCCACUGGAAUUUAAUUCCGCUAGUAACCUGGCAGAUUCUUAGAAAUAAACUUUUGGUUUAAUAUUUGUGUGGAUGUUUGAUUAUUAACUUAUAAUUCUGAUCGAUAUGAAUUCUGGCAGCUAAAUCGUUGGCAUUUUGAAAUGGAUAUUGGUUGCUUGUAAGACUGCCGUGUGUUUGACUGCUCCUUGCUGUUGAAUAUAAAUAUUGAUUUGGA